AUGUUUCCAAUGGUGACUGGGUUCAUGAAUUAUGGUCAACAAACAAUACGGGCUACAAGAUACAUUGGUCAAAGUUUCAUAAUUACCUUAUCUCACACAAAUCGUUUACCUGUAACUAUUCAAUAUCCUUAUGAAAAAUCAAUUACGUCAGAACGUUUUCGCGGUCGAAUUCACUUUGAAUUUGAUAAGUGUAUUGCUUGCGAAGUAUGUGUUCGUGUAUGCCCAAUAGAUCUACCUGUUGUUGAUUGGAAAUUGGAAAGAGAUAUGAAAAAGAAACAAUUACUUAAUUAUAGUAUUGAUUUUGGGGUCUGUAUAUUUUGUGGUAACUGUGUCGAGUAUUGUCCAACAAACUGUUUAUCAAUGACUGAAGAAUAUGAACUUUCUACUUAUGAUCGUCACGAAUUGAACUAUAAUCAAAUUGCAUUGGGUCGGUUACCAAUAUCAGUAAUUGGAGAUUAUACAAUUCAAAUAGUUAUGAAUUCAACUCAAAUAAAAAUCGAUAAAGAUAAAUCCCUUGAUUCAAGAACGAUUACCAAUUACUAA